GCGCUUCCUUUCCAUCCGAGGAACAGGAAAGACAAGGAAAGGAGGGUGGGGGAAAAAAGCGCCUCUCCUCCGGCUGUGGCACCUCCCCUCUUUCCCUCUCUCCGCUAGUUGGCCUCGCGCCGUUCAGUUGCCGGCUGCGCCGCUCGCGUGACGACGUCGUUGCUACCGCUCGUGCGCCUCGCGCCGCUGCCGUUGAGAUUCGGAGCCCACUCGCGCCUUCCUUCUCCUCUUUCAUGGCCAACUACAUCCAUGUGCCGCCCGGCUCGCCCGAGGUGCCCAAGCUGGACAUCGUCGUCAGCGAGAGAGACCCUUCGGGCGGCGGCGGCGGAGGGCUGGCCUACCGCCACGGAGCCCUUCAGCUCCUCAGAGAACUGAGGCCUGACUGGAAGCCCGAGGAGGUGACGCUUAAGAUAUUUACAGAUGGAAUCACCAAUAAGCUUAUUGGUUGUUACGUGGGUGAGGAAAUGGAUGAUGUUGUCCUUGUUAGAAUUUAUGGAAAUAAAACGGAGCUGUUAGUUGAUCGAGAGGAAGAAGUGAAGAGCUUCCGUGUGUUGCAGGCCCAUGGCUGCGCACCACAGCUUUACUGUACUUUCAGUAAUGGCCUAUGCUAUGAGUUCAUGCAAGGAGAAGCACUGGAUCCAGAACAUGUUUGCAACCCAGAGAUAUUUCGGCUUAUAGCCAGACAACUUGCUAAAAUACAUGCUAUUCAUGCUCACAAUGGAUGGAUCCCCAAAUCUAACUUGUGGCUGAAGAUGGGAAAAUAUUUCUCUCUCAUACCAACAGAAUUUGCAGAUGAGGAACUGCACAAAAGGUUUCUAGCUGAUAUACCAAGUCCUCAAAUCCUUCAGGAGGAAAUGGCGUGGAUGAAAGAGAGACUGUCCAACCUGGGCUCCCCGGUGGUACUUUGCCACAAUGACCUGUUGUGUAAAAAUAUAAUCUACAAUGGAAAACAAGGUAAGUUCAUUGACUAUGAGUACUCUGGAUACAAUUACCUGGCUUAUGACAUUGGGAACCACUUCAAUGAAUUUGCAGGUGUGAGUGAGGUAGACUACAGCCUCUAUCCAAGCAGAAAACUGCAAGAGCAGUGGCUGAGAUCUUACCUGGAAGCCUACAAGGAGUAUAAAGGAUUCGGAACAGAUGUGACUGAGAAAGAGGUUGAGGUGCUUUAUGUCCAAGUCAACCAGUUUGCCCUGGCCUCUCACUUCUUCUGGGGAUUGUGGGCCCUGAUUCAAGCCAAAUACUCCACCAUUGACUUUGAUUUUCUAGGGUAUGCAAUUGUUCGCUUCAAUCAGUACUUCAAAAUGAAAAAUGAAGUCAUGACAUUAAAACUUCCUGAGUAACAGCUGAGAGCUUCAUUUAUCUACAUCUGGAUCAGAUUCCUUAAAGUUUUUUGUCUGAGUACAGAUAAUGGAAAAAGCUAAACAUUUGUUAGUUUUGUAUUGUUCCUAUGGUGGUUUUUGCUUUUCAUUGCCUCUAAACAACAAUCUUUUAAUGUUAAACUUAAAAUGAGGAUCUUAAUGCUGUUGUAGAAGGAUUAGAAGCAUUAGAUUUAUAAAACAUAGGGAGAGCAAAUUUAACCCUUUCUCUUGUAAUUUUUAAUGUGAUACGUGAAUUAUUUAUUAUGAAUUUAGCAUUCCAUUGCUGCUUUUCAUCAGUUCUCUUUAAGGGAGGGGGUGUAGGCUAUAAUACUGUGAAGGAAGUUUUUUACAUCUUAUGUUACAUUGACAUUAACUUAUGAGAAACUUUAGUGUACUGCAAACUGUGUACAAAACCUAUACAUGAACAGAAGCAGUUUGCACUAAAGUACAAUUCAUUGGUGCUGACUGGAGAGCUAGGAGAGGAUGGGAUAAAGUAAUAUCCACGCUGACGUUUCUUGGUACUGUGAAAAGACUGGACAUCCUUUCUGUAUAACAUACAGAUAAAAAAUUUACAGAGGUCUGCUCACACAUGAAGAAAAACAUACCACCUCACAGUUACUGAACAUGCUUUUAAAUUGUAUGAGGCAGCUUCCUACUUCAAAUGUAAGCUUUAAAUGACCACUGUUCCAGAGUGUCAUGUCAUUUCCCCUCCCUUAAAAAGGAUUUUUCAAUUCUCUUUGAAUACUUUGGCAAAUGUCUUACAUGUUUGUAAGAUGUGCUAGUUGAAGCCAACAGGAGAAGCUGCUAAGCAGUCCUGUAGUGGUUAGGAGCAAAACUGUACCAUGUUAAGUUUAUAAUCUGUUCAGUCUUGUUUGCUUUUAGUUUUUGUCUUGCCUUGCUUUUUUCACUUAUUUGCUCUGUUAGCUGGUAGAUUGUCUGUUUUCUUUGCUAGAUGGUGGCAAACUCAUGGCUAAGCCCAUAGCCACAAGGUUACAAGAUCAUUCUUGAAAUAGAUGGCGUUUGAAGAGUGAGGAUUUGAUCAUGAACACAGUUCUUUUCUCUUGUUUUUGAAAGCUAUCCUACCAAGAAUGGUUUGAAUUUCAAAAAUGUGAAAUGAAACACAAAUGUUUACUUAGCUAAUGUGGGGUGUGUGUGUAUGUGUGAUCGUGUGUAUGUUCAGAAGAUGAGGAAAAGGCUUUAAACUUUGGAAGUCACUGCAUUGAGUUGAAUUGUCACACAGUCAACUCUGUUAGUCUGAAACUUUUCAUUUUGGUUGCUUAAGUGCCCAUAUGUACAAAGUCUUUGUUCAUACACAGUAUGUGUAAACCUAAAUAUACCUUAAGUAGAAAUAUUAUGGGGAGCCUGUUGCACAGACUCGGCAAGGAUAUUUAUUCAGAAUUAUUUUAUAGUACUCUGUAAAUUCAACAUUGGCUAAAGUAAGCCUGGCAUGUUUAAUAAUACAUACAGCAAUUAACAAGGAUGAAAACUUCACCCCAAAGAGCACUGAAUGGUUUUCUUUUUCUGUAAAUAAGCUCAUCAUUCUACACAUUUUAAGUUGUCUAAUAUUUCAUUUCUAAAGCCACAAUCUUCAAACGCCCUGCUCUAGAGUAGUUCCAUUAGUAAGUGGAACCAGUCAAUAGACUGCAGGCUGUAAUCAGUUCUAGUCACUCUUAAAACUUUUAAUACUACUGGAUUACAGUAUCUAUACUUUUUAAGAAGCCUUUUUUAGCACUUAUCAGUAUACUUUCUUAAAUUGGGCAGCUUCUCUUGAUGUUUAACAUUGAGCUAGCUAGUUAAAGGAAAAAUAUAAUUUAUCAGGUCAAGGAUGUUGCUAGAGCUCUAGAAAAUGUCAGCCCAGAGAAUAGAUCUUUCUUGGGAAAGCUGAAUUUCCUUAUCAAGGUCUAAUUCCAUGCUUUUUAGUGUAGUCUUUAAUGCUACCUUAUUCUAAAAUCAUUAGUGGACUUUGGUAUUAGAUGAAUUUAUGGAUUUUUUUUAAAAAAACCCAUCUUUGUUAGCAAUGCUAUUGUUACCUGAAGCAAGUCAUUGUUAGAAAGUUGUUACUAUUUGAAAAAUGCAAAGUGUACACCAGAAUCCUGGAACUAAUUCUUCUCACCACUCACAUAUUUUAAGCAAUCCUUGUUAGUGACUAUUUUACUACUCAUGUGAAACCUUUUGAGAUUCGCUAGACAGAGGAUGAUAAUGUCAUAGUAGCCCCUCAGAGGAUUUGUUGCAUAUACUGGAAGUCAGUUGAGCCCCUUAAUUUUGCUGGAAGAAAGAAUGAUCCAGAUUGCUUCCAUGGCUACUUCAGUUGUGACAAAUACUGUGACGGUAUGACUAUGCUGAAUUCAGAGUGAGCUUUAUCUGAACUGUCCUAAAGACAAAAAAAAUCCACUUUGUAACAGUUGAAUUCUGGAGCAGGGAGAACUGGCUGACUGUAUUUCAGCCUUGUAUUGCUAAAUUUGCUAAACCUAUUGUGGUGUAUUAAACAUUUCAGAGCAGAGAGCUGUUGAAAACCCCCAAUCAAGACACAGAAAACACAAUUAUUACUGCUUUAAGUUAACGUCCUAUUACUUUGAAGACCAGUGCAUGCAGCUUAGUUUAGGGAAAUGAAGAUACAUAUCUUGGUUCUCAUUUUCUAAGCAGUAGCUAUUUUUCCUCUCUUAUCUGAGGCUGUCUUGUCCCAUUCUAAUCUCUGUUCUUCAGGUGACCUUGUCGUUAAAUUAGAACUGUUUUCCAACUUCACAUUUUUCAAGUAUUUGAACUCUUUUUCUAGAGCUCUAGAAACAACCUCAUGUAAUUCUGGCUGUGAAUUGCCAAAAACUAUUCUGUUGCCUUUACUUUUAAGCUAUAGAUUCUGAAUGCCAUCACCAAUGACAGUGUAAUAAGCAUACUGAAAAUAAGAACGUUAAGCAGGUCUGAAAGCCAUUGCUAAUAACAUCAAUUGACAGACCAUAGUGGCCUAGUAGCUUUUGUAAAGCAGAAUUGCUUGAAUUUUCUUCACAGUUUGGCAAUCAGACCAGGUUAAUCAUCAUGCCUGAUUGAUCCAAAUAUCAAAGCAUCCUAGGUAAUGAUGGUGAUUAUUUUUUGUAUUGUUUUGAACUCUUGCCUGGGGUUCUCAUUGUGAAUUUUGCAGAAAGCUCAGCAAACUGAUUCAUGGUAACCGGAUCUGACUGUGUAUAUACAAUAGUGUAAAUAACCAUUUGUAAAUUAGUGUGAAUUGUAUGGUACUUCACAUUUAUGAAUUUACAUAUUUCAUUGUACUCUCCUUUUGUAGAAAUUUUGAUGUAUGUAAAGAAAAAUCCAAUUCUUGAAGUGUGCUGACCUUGUUAAAUUAACCACAUUCAAAGGGAAAAGUCAUUUGGGAACAAUAGGAUACAGUACUUGGAGGUACACGGUAGCUUUCAUAAUGCAUCUUUUUCAUUGUGUCUGUAGUGUCUGCUUUCAUAUUCACACAUUUACUUUGGAGGAAGUAAUGAUUCUGGAAAUGAAUAAGUUAGUACAGUAAUUGGCUUUAAAUAACAAUACCCGCUCUUCCACUAGGAAGCAGAUAGACCAGUUAGAGGAAUAAAUGCUCAUUUAGCACAAAAAUGAAGUUCCACUCAAAGGCCAACUUAAUUUCUGAAAAAUGUUGUGGUUUGUCAGUUCAUGGAUAGGUGGCUUUCGCUAUAGAAGAUUAUUGUGCAGGCUUGUUUCCUGAUGGUAUAGGCCCCUGUGAAGUAAAUGGCAAGAACAUCAAUUUUCUUUAAGGCACGCAGGUCUAAUGCAGCAUAUAUAAUUGGUCUGUGUUGUGAAAUGUACCUGCAGCAAAGGUAAGUACUAGAAGCAAAUGACAUGAAAUUUUUAAUGAUUGUUUUAGAAGUAGUCUAGUUUAUAUCUACACCUGCUUAACUAUUCAUAAAAUCUAGAUUUGAAAAAAAACUUGUACACAUGGAAGGAAAAACUGCCAUCCUUGAACACUACAGAAGUUACAAGCAUCCAUGACUAGCUUUUUCUUUCUGCCAUACUAAAAUCUGUAAAAUAACAGGACUCCAUAAACUGAUUCCAUUUCCUUGUAAGACUUCAUCCCUGGGAACUUGUAUUCCACUCAGCUGAGCCUAACUCUUAAAUACUUAUUUAAUGAUACUUAAUUUAAAAAUUGUGUUCCCCCCAGUUUAACCUGAGCAGUUAAUCCAUCAUCCUAAUUCUCUACAUAGUUUACAACUAUCCAUAAUAGAACUGUGAAGAGUUCUAUUACCAUUGUAGUUUCAGACUCCUCACAUCUUGGUACUUUGUACUUGGCACUGUGAAAACUAAGGGCACAAGUGUUGUGUUCAUAUAGUGUGUGUUUUUACUAAUUAUGGACCUUCAGUAAUUAGGAAGAUUCUUAAAGGUGGUACCGCUACACACUACUAAAUAGUGCAUGAUCAAGUUAAAAUCUUGGUAUGCAGAUCUCUUGAAUGGGAAUAGGAGAUAAGAAAAUUCCUUUCAUAUGCCAGUGAUGAAAAAUUGAUGCUGCAUUUUGUUUUUCAAAACAUCUUUACUAAAUUAAUACAUGCUAGCAUAGUGACAAAUUUACUAAAGUAUUCUUUAUUGAUCCUGACUAAGCGGAUAGCUUAUCUCACUAUACUGUUUUCUCAUUGCAGUGACACUUUCCCUCCCCCCAAAAAUUGCUUCCUAAAAACAUAUUAGCAUUGGCUGUUGAAAAACUGCUACACAACGUGCAGUUUUUCUCAUAAUAGAGUUCACUGAUCUCUCAUGGUGUGUUUAGAAGAUGAAUAAAUAUUUGUAGGGAGUUAGGACUGGAAAAACAAAAGUCUUGAGCAUUUGCGUGGGAAUCUGCCAUCUUGACAGCCCUUUGGAAGCCAGUCAAUAGUAAUCUAGAAUUGACUCUUAAGAUUCCAGUCUCUGGAUGGCCUUGAGCAAAUUCUUUCAGGCUUGGCUCUCCCUCUGAACAAUGGCCAUACUAAUUGGCUGGAUGUAAAGAUGUGUAAUAAAGCACCAAAAUGAGUUGUAAAGCACUGCAAACUCAAUGUGCUGUAGAAAAUAUAGUAAAGGUGAUUUCUUAAGAGUAAAAGGAAAUGUUGAUGAGGACAAGACACUAUUAAAUGCAGCGCAUUGAUUGGAAAAAUGAGGAUCCGGAGUAGACAUCAGUCAAAAGGUGCCAUUCACUAAGAAAUGAAACUGACUAGACCUCUAUAGGACAUAGGUAUAAAAAGUCUCACAUUUUCUAGAAUGCCUUUUUUAUGCAGCUGCCCAUUUUCAAAAAGACCAUAAUAGUGUAAGGCUGCCUUACCUCAGGUAAUUAAAAACUUAGCGUUAUGGGGUUUAUUGGUUUUAUCUUGAGGCCUCCUGUCCAUCUCUGACAACAACACAACAGGAGUACUUCCUGUAACUUUCUGUUGUCCCAUUAUCCUAAACCUAUGUCUGUUGAGUCCAAUCUUGUCCUGUGAAUAUAAUGGGUUUGCCUGUCUAAGGAAAGGAGAAAAAGUAACCUCAUCUGUAUGUUAAGAAUGGGAUUAAAUUGUGCAUUCCGUUCAUUGGCUUGUACUGGAGUGAAAUGUAUUUCUUUUUUCAGCUAAGCAUUGUUAAAGAUAUGUAACAAGACCUUUUGCUAUUGAUUUCAAUGAAGGAGUGUAUCUUGCAAAGAGAUUUAUAUUAUGUAAAUAAUUCAAAAUUGGUUGUAACAAUAAAGCUGGUUUCUAACUGCA